CCCGUCAUGCUGUGCAGUCACGGUGCUGAUCCUCUUGCCACCUUCUCAUUUUUGCUUUUUCCAGCACUAUAUGGCGACCACCUGUUUUAUGGAUUGCCAAGUAUUCAAAAUAAAUCUAGGUAUCAAUACGACAAUAAAAACUGCUGGAAAUACGACGGCUACAUCACUCUGUACAGAUAUAAACAGCUCUACAUCGUCGAUUCGUCGAAGUCCAACCGCUCAACAAUCUCGAACACCACUGUAUUCCACGUAUCACUUGCAAAAAGUUUCCUUUGAGACUAGCCUACGCGACUACUUUCAAUGGCUGCCAAGGUUUCACGCUCUCGCACAGUUCUGGAUCUCAGAACUGAUCCUUUUGCUCAUUGUCAACUAUACACUGCCGCAUUGUCCCGCGUCAAAAGCCGUCGAGAUACACUGUGCUUCUCUUCGGGAGCAAAUGGGGAGAAAGAUAAUAUUGUGUACAAACAUGUCUGCUUUUGUAGCCUAGGGAGCGUGCGAUUUAAACCUUCGCCACUCGCCCCAAAAGUUUCUUCCAUCGAUAAACACAUCGGCGAAAAUAGUCAGAGCACGAGCUCUCCGUCUUCGAGCGCAUCAAAGGACAUACUCGAUUCUUUUUCCAGCUCUACAGCAUAUGAGGUACAGAGAGAGACCAAGCUCACAAAUGCACUCGACAACCUUGCUGGCAGUCCGUUCGUGUCCUUCAAGAGUCGGGUAGAAACGGCCCCAUUUAAGCUGCCCGUCAAGGGAGAGGACGCAGGGGCAUGGAUGAAACCUGUCGUUGGAGUGUUGCAAAGGCAUGCAACACCUUCGCCAUUCGGCAGGGGAGAGGAAACUGUCAUGGAUCCAACUUACAGGCGCGGAACAGAGCUCAAAGCGGAUGAGCUCGCCUUCAGUUUGCAAGGGGAUGAGACAUCACAAUAUGAACUAUUCGUGGACUACAUCCAGGAUGAACUCCGGACAAGCAUGUUCGUAGGGAAAAGCGUUACUCUCAAGUUAUACAAGCUCGCCAUAUAUGGCGAAGGAGGUCAUUUUGACUGGCAUCGUGACUCGACACAUAGCGAUGCUCAUCAUGGAACGGUGCUCGUCGGCGUUGAGACAAUUGUCAACAUGCAUCCAACAAAGUCCGUCGACAAGCUCCGGCCAGUUGUGGUUGCAUUCUACACGGACACAGAGCACAAAGUCAUGCCCGUGACCAAGGACACGACUGGUGCUCCAAAGCUGGUGCAAGCUGUCGUUGAUGAAAUCAGAGAAUUGCACGAAGAAGGCACCACUGUCGUCGCUUUCCCACUUACUCACCUCUACCGCAAGGCAAGCGUUAAGAAGGAAUACCUCAAGGGAACUGACUCGACACUGUUCGAUGUUCUCGAGAAUCAUUUCAACGUUGUCCUCCAUCCUGUUCUUAUCCGCGCUAUUGAAGAUGGCCACGAUUGUGACAGCCAGGAGCUGUUCUUUGCACACAAAUAUAAAUCGUCUGAGGAGAAUGAGGAGGAACCUUCUCAUGCUAAAGGACGGCGAGGCGGAGUUUUCAAGAACGCUUCGUUUCAUCUUCCACAGGCCUCUGCGAUUCUGCAGCUUUCGUUGCCGACCGGAGUGCACCUUUGUAAUGAGGCAGAGAUCAGUGGCGAGGCAAGGUAUUAUGGCGCUGGUAUGUUUGUGGAACCAAAGAACGAAGAGUAA